UUUGGCGGAUAGGUAGUGCGCAUGCGUGCAAGGGCACCUGGGUUGAACUGGGGGGUCUACGUUAACGUUAUCGGUUUUGGGGAUAAGGCGCAGCAUCUGAACACUUCUCCAUUAACCCCUUGGGGACUAGCAAGGACAUGGACAGCAACGAAGCGUUUUAUGAGCAGCUGCGGCUCCAGCAACUGUAUGGAAAUCGCGAGACUGGGGACGGAGCGGACCCCCACACCUUUAAGGACCCUUCUGAUGGCACAGAAUAUGAAUGGGACCUGGAAAAGAAAGCCUGGUUCCCUAAGAUAACUGAAGAUUUCAUAGCAAUGUAUCAGGCAAAUUAUGGUUACAAUGCCUCUGAGAAUGCUGAACCUUCUCAGGCCCCAAAGGAAAUCAAGGAUGAAGAAAAGCCUAAGAAAGACCCCAAAACUGAACAAGAACCAGCUGAGCCCAAAGCGAAGGGAGAGAAGAGAAAAGCCGACCCAGGUUGGUUCAAUGUGGGAGAUGAAAGAAACACAAAUGUGUAUGUGACAGGUCUGCCUCCUGAUAUUACAAAUGAAGAAUUUGUCCAGAUUAUGUCUAAAUGCGGCAUUAUCAUGCGAGAUCCACUGAGCGAAGAGUUCAAAAUUAAGCUGUAUAAAGAUAAGGAAGGGAAUCUGAAAGGAGACGGCUUGUGCUGUUAUCUCAAGAAAGAAUCAGUUCCACUCGCUCUGAAGCUUCUUGAUGAUUAUGAGAUCAGGGGGUACAGACUUCAUGUUGAAAAUGCCAGAUUCCAACUGAAGGGGGAGUAUGAUGCAACAAAGAAAAAGAAGAAAUGUAAGGACUACAAGAAGAAGCUGAAUCUCCAGCAAAAACAACUGGAUUGGAGGCCGGAGAGGAAAACGGAAAAAAAGAAGCGUUUUGAGAGAGUUAUCAUUAUCAGAAAUAUGUUCCACCCUACGGACUUUGAGGAGGAUCCGCUUGUGCUGACUGAAAUCCGUGAAGAUCUUCGGUCAGAAUGUGAAAAGUUUGGGCAAGUGAAGAAAGUCAUUAUAUUUGAUCGACAUCCGGAUGGAGUUGCAUCUGUAUCAUUUAAAGAGGCAGAAGAAAGUGAUGCUUGUAUUCUGGCUCUAAAUGGAAGGUGGUUUGGUGGUCGUCAGCUGGUUGUUCAGGUGUGGGAUGGUGUGACAGAUUAUCAGAUUGAAGAGACAUCUCGAGAGAGAGAGGAGCGACUCAAGGGCUGGGAGAACUUUCUGCAGGCAGACAAGGGAAAAGCUUCUGAAGAUGCGAGUGAUGAGAAGUCGACACCUUCUGUAAAUAACGGACAGUCUGAAAACAAAGAGGGCGUCAGAACGGAACCUGCACUUGGUACAGACAGCGUCCAGCAGCAGGGAAGUCAACAGACCAAACCGGCUGAUGAUGCUGCAUCCACAGACAGCAGUAUUGGUGACAGUGAUGAUGAGAACGAGGAAGAACAAUCUUAGAGCUUCACACUUUUAACUGGCUGCCUAUAGAUGUUUGUUACUUUUAGGGUGAAUUACAUGUGGUAAAUGCUGACAUUUGGACAAUUAAUAUAAGUUUGAUUUAUUUUGCUUAAAUGGGCCCUAACUUUUCACACAACUUUGCAUAAGUUAAUAGUACAAGUGACCACAAGAAACUUUGUAAUAUGUUUUAUCAGUAAGACAUGUCUAGUUCUCAUGUUAUCAGCUGUUUCCCCUCCUUGCUUUUCACUUUGAAAAAAUGCUUUCAUUCUGUCCCGAGAUGGACCAGCUUUGCCAAGGUAUCAUAUUACACAUGUUAAUACAAGUCUAUGGAGAGGGGAAAGAAGGGGGGAUGAGCAGCAGUAGGAGUGAGACAAAGAGGCUGCAUAGAAAGUUUGUAUCUCAGCACAAGUCUAAAUCCACAAACCUACAGGUCAGUACUUCACUGUAAUGUCCUCGUUGAUCCUUGGGGCUGUUUCUGAAUACAUAAGACAGGAUUAGAAAGCAUAUUCUCCUCUACUUUCUGUGUGCAGUGGAUGGCAGCUAGCCACCACCACCAUUUUUGAGAAAACUGCAAACUACACAUUCAGCAUGCACAAAGGAAAGCUGCAAAAAAAAAAAUAUGCCAGAAAGUGUUAUGCCUCAUGCACCUAUUCUGUACGAUUGAUUAACGCAAAGUUUGUUGAAAAGUUAGUGAUGCUUUAAUUACUACAUUGCUUUUAUUCUCAAAAACACGUCUAGAUAUAUUAAGGAAACUGUCUUGAAGGGAUUUCCACCUUUUAGGUUUACAAUGUCAUUUUACACUAGAACCACCAUAGCCGCGGCCUUUAUCUUCAAGAUCAACUCUGAUUUCAUGGGUGACCCAGACAUGGUGACACGGAGAACAUGCAGUAAAGAAGAUUUCCACCUAGAACUUUGAAAUGCUUUGUUAAGGUGCUGGACCACCCUUUGCACAGUAAAUAGUCCAAAGUAAUGUUCUAGAGAUAUUACAUCUGAUAUAUCUGAUAAUGCUAAUAUAUAGUCAACCAUUGUACCACGGGGUUUGUAGUGUAAAAAAACCAAAA